AUGCACGCCGCGCCGCGCCGUGGCGAGGAGCACGAGACGAGACGACAUCAAGACUGCCAGACCGCGGGGAGAGCAGACGGAGCAGUCAUCAGACAGAAGCUACAUACAGUCUCCCAUCUCACGAUUGCUCGCGAGCGUUGGGAUGAUCGGGUCGGGCUUCGACCAAGCAGAAUACCUCCCGUUUCUCCUGCUUUCGACGACGACGACGACGACGACGACGACGACGACGACGACGACGACUACCGACUGUACCCGUGGACUCGAUUACGACUCAGCAGCCUCGCCUGGGUGCGACGCGGUGUGCGAGUUGGGGGACGCAACUCGAGAUUCAAGAGGACCGACUACCUAUCCCAUGUCAGCAAUGACUUGGGCGCUGCAGCCGGCUUGUUGCUUGAAAGUACGAGCAGCAGGUACAAGUUACACCAACCAUCAACUCAGCGCUGCGUAUGGCAUGGCAUGGCAUGGCAUGGCAUGGCAUCGCGUCGCUGGGCGCUUUAG